AUGUGAAAAGAUAAGGCUUUAGAAUGGAAGUCCGUGUGCACGAAGCUCAACCAACCUUAAAAAGUUUGGUUUCUGAUGAGUGUUCUUAAGGGCAAGCUAUAACGUCAUCACCUAUUGCACAAUUGAAUGCAUUUGGAACACUGCAGCUUUAAAUGCCAGCGUGUACGAUUUUAAAGGAAAAGUUUCAUAUACAGGUACAGUGUUAGGUACAGUACCUGAUGAUGUCAUCAGAAAUCAGCAUCGCGGAGGUAUGACAACAGCCACCCCCACGCAACUGAAUGCAUCAUAAUAAACCAGAUGUAUUUUUCAAAGGAUUUACGAACUGUUUUUGCAGAGGACCAGGUCAAUUUUUAUUUCAGAUUUGUAUGAGGAUUUAAUUUGGCGUAAUGAAGCAAGCAUGGAUUCAUCCAACCACAAGAGCCGGAGUGUGAUAUGACUGCAGAUCUCCUCGCCCAAACCAGAGCUAGCCAGUAUUGCAAUACAUGCGAGUACACAUGCUAGGAAAAUGCACAGUAACAGUGUAAAACAGCUGUGCAAACGAGACAGAUAUACUACCGUGAUAUAAACCUCAGCAAGCGGCAGAUACACAAGGAAAACAAGUAGUGUACGAAAAAAAAGUGCUAUUCUAACAGAAUCUGUGAAAUUCGGAGUUCAAAACAUUUCGUUCCUGGACGCUUUUGCGAGAUUUGGGCCCUGAGCACUAAGAAAUGGCUGCCUGUGAAGAAGACAUGGAUCACAGUCCUGAAGAGAAAUCUGAACAGAUUGAAUCUCAUCCCGAUAUUGAUGGCGGAUGGGGUUGGAUGAUUUGUCUGGCUUCUUUCUUGGCACAUGUGCUGCUCAUGGGGUCACAAAUGGCUCUCGGAAUCCUCUACGUGGAAUGGCUGGAGGAGUUCAAUGAGAGUCGAGGACUGACUGCUUGGGUUGGAUCCUUGACUAUUGGCAUAACAUUGAUUGUGGGACCCAUUAUUGGCCUAUUUGUCGGCACAUGUGGUUGUCGUAAGACUACAAUAAUUGGAGGUCUUUUAACAGCCUUGGGUUGGGUGAUAAGCUCGUACGCUACAAAUGUGUACUAUCUUUUUAUAUCGUUCGGCCUGACUGCUGGUAUAGGCAGUGGUAUGGCGUACCUGCCUGCAAUUGUCAUGGUUGGACAGUACUUUAAGAAACGCAGAGCCCUGGCACAAGGACUGAGCACCACAGGAACUGGAUUUGGAACCUUUAUCAUGACUCUUCUAUUGAAAUACCUCUGUGCAGAGUAUGGCUGGCGGAAUGCCAUGCUUAUACAUGGAGCUGUAAACCUCAAUCUCUGUGUCUGUGGGGCACUAAUGAGACCGCCACCAUUUUCUUCCAGUAUGCAAAUUGAAAAUCAGAGUCAACCAAAAUGUGCUGAAACCCCCCAGAAAGAAAUUCCUACUAGUGAUCAAGUGGCUCACGCCAUUGACAUAGAUGGGAUAGAAGAACAAGAGACCAGCAAAGAAGAGGAAACAAAGAGCUUGUCGCCGGAAGAAGUCAGUGAAGCAGGAAAUAAAGAUGGAGAUAAAAGAGAAGUCCUCUUUAAAGAAAGAUACCCACUCCGUAUACUAAAGACAUUAAGGCAGCUGGCUAACAUCCUAAAAAAGAGCUUUUGGAAGUGGUAUUCCAGUUACUUUGGGACUGCGGCUCUCUUCUCAAAUAAGGUGUUUAUAUGUUUUGUUUUCUGGGCACUUUGUGCAUAUUGUAGCUUUGUUAUUCCUUUCAUUCACCUGCCUGAGAUUGUAAAACUGUAUGGUUUUGAGGAAAAAGACGACAAGGUUCCCUUGACCUCAAUCAUAGCAAUACUUCAUAUUUUUGGGAAGAUAUUUUUGGGUUUGAUCAGUGAUCUACCCUUUUUCAGUGCUUGGAAUGUGUUUCUCGUUUCAAAUUUAAUAAUGUGUGUCUGUGUAUUCAUUCUACCCUUGAUGCACACUUUCACAGGAAUGGCCAUUGUGUGUGCAAUAAUAGGGUUCUCAAGUGGCUAUUUUUCAGUGAUGCCGGUGGUGACUGAAGACUUGGUAGGCCUAAGUAAUCUUGCAAAUGCCUAUGGCAUCAUUAUCAGUGCAAAUGGAAUAUCAGCUUUGUUGGGACCGCCAUUUGCAGGUUGGAUCUAUGAUGUUACCGGCAAGUAUGAUUACUCUUUCUACUUCUGUGGUUUAAUCUAUGUAAUUGGAAUAGGUUUUUUGUUGUUAAAGCCUUGUCUUCAAAAACAGAAUGACACUGAAAGUGAAAGCAAGCAGGCUAUUGAGGCUUUAAAUGUUCAUCAUGAUGAAUGAUCCGUGUUUGUCUUUGCUCUAACCAAAUGUCAUAUAAAAUAGAACACUUACUAUCCAAGCAUGAUGUAACAGUACAGUGAGAAUGUCUUGCACCCUACUGAGGAGUAUCUUUAAAGCACAUUUUUAUCCUCUGAAUCAUCUGAGUCAAUUUCAAAUAUUAGGUCCAUCUUUAGAAAUAGAUGAUAUACAGUGCCUAUAGGAAGUAUUCACCCCCCUUGGAUGUUUUAAUCUUGAUGCAUUU